AUGUAUAAACGAAUCCUCUUUGUGUUAAGCUUCGCACUUUUGACGUUCAUCGGUGCGGAGGGUAAAAAUGUCUUUUCUUCCUUUCUGUCCUACUUGAACUCAAAAAUAGAUUCGACAAGCGAAAUAUCGAAAGUGGUCCAAAUGGGUGACACCAUGGCGUGUCUAGUUAGUAAACAAAAUAAUAACAAUCAUAACGAAUGCUCUUGUUCGUUUAAAAAGCUGAAAGAAUUUGAAAAAAAAUGUUCUUCUAAUUUUAAAAAAAAUCAAGAAGAUGCUAAAAACUGCUCUGAAGAACCUUGUGAAAUUUGUUGUAGUUUAAUGAAUUCAAACAGUGUAGCAAAUUCUAUCCUAGACUAUGAAUUUUUUUGCAGAAAAAAAUGUGCACGAUCUAGCAUUGUUUCAAAUUUGAAUGAAGAUGAUUAUAAAAUAGUUUUUAAAAAGUUAAUUGAAUUCAUUCGUAUUUUUUAUCCUUCCAAUGUGGUUAAUUAUUACCCCAUUCGGAAAAGGGCCUCCGCGGAUUACACCAAUAAUACACUGGACGCAAGUAUCACACUGGAAAAUGAUUUUUUCAAAUCGCCAUCUUCUGCGAAGCAAAAGUUUCGGCACAUGAAAAACAGAAAAUCAAACGAUAAUGGACGACAUAAGUGA